CCUUUACACAACCGCUCGACCAACGAUCAGCGAGACACAGUCAAGAUGGGUAUCUCUCGGGACUCUCGCCACAAGCGCGCCGCUACCGGUGCCAAGCGAUCCUUCUACCGGAAGAAGAGAGCCUUCGAGGCAGGCCGCCAGCCUGCGAACACUCGUAUUGGUCCCAAGCGCAUCCACGUCGUCCGCACCCGCGGUGGCAACCACAAAUAUCGUGCGCUGCGUCUCGACUCGGGCAACUUCGCCUGGGCCUCUGAGGGCUGCACCCGCAAGACCCGUAUCAUCGUGGUCGCAUAUCACCCUUCCAACAACGAGCUUGUCCGCACCAACACCCUGACCAAGUCCGCCGUCGUCCAAGUCGAUGCUGCGCCCUUCCGUCAAUGGUACGAGGCCCACUACGGCCAGCCGCUCGGCCGCCGCCGCCAACAGAAGCAGGGCCAGGCCCCUGAGGAGGUGAAGAAGAGCAAGUCGGUCGAGAAGAAGCAGGCUGCGCGCUUCGCCGCCUCCGGCAAGGUCGACCCCGCUCUCGAGAAGCAGUUCGAAGCUGGUCGUCUCUAUGCCAUUAUCUCGAGCCGCCCUGGUCAAUCCGGUCGCUGCGAUGGCUACAUCCUCGAGGGUGAGGAGCUCGCCUUCUACCAGCGCAAGCUCCACAAGUAAACGCUGGGCCGGGGCGGGAGAAUAGGUGUCAUGAGGAACGGAAGGAACGGGUCUGGGCACGGGGGCGCGCGUCGGCGUUUCGCCUAGGUGUUGAUGGGUCAUUUCUGAUUGCUUCGCUGCCCGUCUCGUCGAUAUGGGGUUUAAAAAAUUGCGGAUACGGAAAAGGCGGCCAUCGCAACUUUGAUUUCCAGUUGCUUCGUCACCGGUAACAGGGCACGGCAGGGAUUUAGGGCAAUGGAAUAUCAAUACCACCACCAUAAGCAGCAACCCCGCAGAGUCAAUGAAUCCCAGGCUUGAACUUGAGUUUGUGUGCACCUAUGUGACGGAGCAGUACUUGAGGGGUUUGGAGUGCAUGCAAUUUAAGGUCGGAACCUAGAGGCGGCUCCGUUCCACGAUGAGGGCGUACACCGAUCGACAGACCAAGGAGCCCGGACAUGCUGGGUGGUCUGGGGAACCCGUGUGUGAGAGUAUGUACUGUACAACAGUUGCCCGCGAGUAGCGCUUAGCAGCUGCGGUGGCGGCUGCCGCGGUAAAAGCUUCAUCGUCAUAGCACAACAACAGGUGCACCACUAAAGGAUGUGAUUUCUUGAAAUGCC